AUGCCAAAAUGGGCGAGGAAUAAUAGACACAUUGGUGAUACCAGGAGUGAAAGGAGUCAGAACACAAACUUAAGGCGACUCGGUAAAACGAGUUUAACGGGAAAAUUAAUAUCCAGCACUGUAAAUGGCAGGUGUAAGCUCGCUAGUGGGUUCAGAUCCACCGAGUGA